AAUGGAACUCCUUUACUGUUUUAUAUUGUGACAGUAGUCGUGUAGCGUUGUACUGUUCCACCUGUCUGGUCAUUCACUUAAUUGUUUAUCGCGUUUGCAUAUCGCUGUCUAUGAAGUUAUUUUCUGCAAGAUAAUAAACUUAGGCACCAAGACCAACAUCUUAAAAUCUUCAGCAGUUUCUCUCCUAUGCCUAUCCCAUGGGCUAUAUACACUGACUGAUAGCUCAGCAAAGUCUCAACCAUGGCCGAUGAUGAUGUUUUACUGAAUUACCACAACUCUCUUUUGAGACAAUCAGAUGUGAAGCUAUUGCAAAAUGCAGAUUGGUUAAAUGACCAAGUGAUUGGAUUUUGGUUUGAAUAUUUAGAAAAUUCCACUAUGGACAACUCAGUAUGCCUUGUUUGCCCAGAGGUGACACAGUUUAUCAAGUUAGGAUCCCCAUCAGACACUCCUUUUUUUGUAGAUCCACUUAAUCUCAGCCAACGUGCCUUAGUUUUGUUUCCUGUAAAUGAUUCCAUGUUUCUGGAUCAUCCAGGAGGUUCACACUGGAGUUUACUGGUUUAUGCUGGUUUGUUAAAGAAAUAUUAUCAUUUAGAUUCCCUAAUUGGUACCAAUUUAGGACAUGCUAAGAAAAUAGCAAAUAACUUGCAUCUUCCUAAUGAAGAAGUUGUUGAACUCAAAUGCACCCAACAAGAAAACUCCUAUGAUUGUGGAGUAUUUGUUUGUAGUAAUGCAGAGAAUGUUAUAAGGCAUCACCUCGUAAACAAAGGUAUGUUAGUAUCUCUACCAAUGUUAAAUUUAGAAUUUAUGAAUAAGCAAAGAAGUCACAUGCUUCAAGUUAUAUUAACUUUGUCCUGCAAAUGAUUGUAACAUUAAAAUCAGUACAGUACACAAGAAGUAAUCUGCA